AUGGUGGCAGCUGAACCUAAUGAGCGGGCAUCUAAUGGCAUGAGUCCAUCUGAGCCAGUCGGCGGAAAUGCUGGUGUCGAGACCACCAGGGCUUCAAAGGCUGUCCUCAUUGUUGGCGGAGGUGUGGUCGGCUGUCUCACGGCUCUCAAGCUAGGCCAGGCAGGGGUCGAUGUAGAUAUCAUCGAGAAGCUACCCGAGACCAGCAACGCUCCUCGUGCAUGCGGCUACUUCGGCGCCGUACACCACAUGCUGAACGACAUUGGCAUGUACAAUUUGAUCAGAGCGGAAGGUUUUAUGACUCGCGGACUAUCUUUUCGCAAGCCGCCCAAGGACGAUGACGAAGGGCGAGGUGGCAAGGUAUUGGGCGACAUCGUCGCAAACCUCCCUUUAUGUGCCCCUAAUGAUGAUCUCACGGAACCGGGCUCGGCAUUGCUGAAUCUGCCACAAGCACAGCUCAAUAUCCUAUUCCUGCGGGAGGCACUGAAGACGGGCCAUGUGCAGAUCCAUUUCAACAACGAACUGACACAUAUAAAAAGCAACGACGACAGCGGCGUCACGGUCCUCACGUACAAUCCCAUAUCCGGUGCUCAACGCCAGUUCGAAGCGAAGUACGCGGUUGCAGCAGACGGUGCUCACUCUACGGCCCGCAAGGCACUCGGUCUCCCUUACCCGGGCCACACCUGGCCCGAACGACUAAUCGCCACCAACGUGAUGGUCCAAAACAUCGAGGAAACACCGAUGCAUACGCAUUUCGUCAUGCAUCCGACAUUCUUCAGCAUCUCUACUCCUCUGCAAGAACCCGUCAUGGGGGAGAAGACGCUCUGGAGGUGGACAUUGGCGGCCGACCCAGAGUUGGAGAAGUGCUCUGACGAGGAGCUGUUGACGGACGAGGUCAUUUAUGCGCAUUAUGCACGAUGCAUGCCAGGUCCAAGGCCAUUGGAUGUCGACAUUGUGGCGAGGUCGGUAUAUAAGACGCAUCAGAGGCUUGUGCCGACGAUGAGGAAGGGGAAUGUGUUGUUAGCCGGCGAUGCUGCGCAUUGCAACCAUCCAUUCGGCGCACUAGGUCUCAACACCGGUAUGCUCGACGCCGAGGCAUGUGCCGAAGCCCUGAUCAUGAUCCUCAAGGACUCCUUUCCCCCUGCUCGGACACUAAACACCUACUCGGACUCGCGCCGCAAGGUCUUCCAAUUCUUCGUGGAUCCCACGUCAACGCAGAACAAACUCCGCGUCCACUAG